AUGUCGUUCAGCAGCAUCCCCAUCCUCGAUCUAUCGCUGGCUGACAACCCCGACACCAAACCCGCUCUCCUCGCCGACCUCCGCCAUGCCUUACUGGAAGUCGGCUUCCUCUACAUCAAGAACACCGGCAUCCCGUCAGAGCUCAUCCAACAGGUCAUCACGCUAGGCAAGUCCUUCUUCUCACUCCCCGAAGAUGAGAAGCUCAAGUGCGAAAUGGUCAACGCGCCGUCGUUCCUCGGCUACAACAAGCUCGGCAUGGAGAUCACGCGUUUCAAGACCGACUGGCGCGAGCAGAUCGAUCUGUCGACGCCCCAUCCGGUGCCGCAGCCGGGAGACCCGCUGUACCGGAACUUGCUGGCGCCAAAUCUGUGGCCGGAUGAGGCGGCGCUGCCGGGCUUCAAGGAGAUCUAUGAGAGGUACAUGCUGCUGAUGGGGGAUAUGUCUAUUCGCUUUACGUCGUUGUGUGCGGAGGCGAUUGGCAUGCCGGCAAAUGCGUUCGAUCGCUUCUUUGACGAUGCGCAGCAGCAUAAAUUGAAGAUUGUCAAGUAUCCGGAUCUGGAUGAGUUGGGUGUUGAUGGGGCGGUGGAGGCGCAGGGUGUAGGGCCGCACAAGGACUCUAUGCUCUCGAGUUACCUGUUGCAAGCGAGCAACCACAGGGGGCUCCAGGUGCAGAAUGCAGAUGGCAAGUGGAUCGACUGUGUGCCGAUUGAUGGAACUUUCGUGGUCGCCAUCGGUCAGGGCAUGGAGGCGUUAACUCAGGGCGUGUGCCAGAGCACGACCCAUCGGGUGUUGAGUCCGCAGAGGGGAUUGGGGGCGAGAUACAGUAUUCCGUUCUUCCAGGGCGUGAGCUACGAUGCUACGUUUGAGAGCAUGAAUAUUCCCGAAAAUGUCAAAGCGCUAAGACAAGAGAUACUCGAUCGCCGGGGCGAGAAGCUGGACGAUAUCGAGUUUACCUUCAUCAAGGGCAUGUGGUCACGGCUAGGCGAGGCAACCCUCAUGAAUCGAAUUAAAAGCCAUCCCGACGUGGGCGAAAGGUGGUACCCGGAACUCCUGAAGAAGAUACGGGAGCAGCAGGCGGAGGAGGCGAAGAAUGCGGCAGCAAAGGACGCGGCGAAGCAGAACGGUAGCAUAGCACCGCAGGUUCCGACUGUGCAGGCGCAUUGA